AUGGGGCUCUCAAACCCGUUGCGACGGUCCCGCGGGACACGGCUGCCGAUGUAUCAGAAUCACAAUUCACUUGCCAAGGAGCGAUAUUCGAAUGAUGGGCUACCACCCCGAAUCGUUCGAUAUGUUGUUUUUACGAUAGUAGGAUUAAUACUUCUCAUGGUUGGUAUGCUGGCACGGGCAAGCCAAGUUGAGAACUGGAAAGUUGCCAAUGGCAAAGUAGGUAGCCGGCCGCAACCUCCUGCCCUGUGGGAAAAGUUUCCACUCCUGCAGAGAUACUACGGCGGUAUACGUACCUUGGUUCCUCUGGAGAAGAAUAAAUCCGAAUAUCCCAAGUCUGGCGACUACACACCAUCAAAUCCAGCUUCAGACGGUAAAGUCGAGAAUCGUGAACAGGAAUUUCCGUCUAGUUACUCUUGGGACAAUUAUACCGGAAGACUUGAGGAGUCUGAUAUUAAAGAGUGUUUUCUGGACGCUGCUGGCAAAAUUCGCCCACCACCGAUUCGCUACUACAAUGGCCGCCCAAGUGGUUUUCCCCAGCAUAUCACUGGUUCUUAUGAAGUGUUGAACCUGCCGGAGGAUGUUUGCUUUGAGCGAUACGGCAAGUUUGGGCCUUAUGGGUUUGGAUACUCUAUUCGUACCGGUGGCCUAGGCACGGGGGAGCAUGGCGAGAAUCAGGGCGCUGAGUCAGUCUGGGGAUCUGGUUCUCGUGUAGACUACCGCAAGCUCGACUGGGCGGACAUUCAACGGCGCUGUUUCCAGGCCAAUGCUGGCCGAUACAAAGCGUUGCCAGCGAAAACACCAUCUCCAAAUGGCUUCUUUGUCGGUAGCCCUGAAACAGCAAAGGUCCAGUCGCGUGAUUCUCAGCCAAAGGAGAGUGACAAAGCAAAGGCUAAAGGAGAUGCUUCUGCAGAAAAAACCAGCACUGGAGUGGUAAAGCAAUCACGAACUGCCAUCGUAGUUAGAUGCUGGGACGAAUUCCUAUUCCGAGAGGAUGACUUUGCGAAUCUUCGGUCAAUGAUUUCGGAGCUUUCACUAGCCUCUGGAGGUCGUUAUGACGUCCACCUGCUUGUCCAAGUGAAGAAUGAUGCUCGAUACCCCGUGUGGGCCGAUCACGAAAUCUACGAGCAAAGGAUUCGCGAUGCAAUCCCCAAAGAAUUUCAGGGACUGGUCACCCUUUGGACUGAAACGCAGAUGCUGUCCCUGUAUCAAGGCAUCUACGACCUUUACAGCCGCGGCCCAGAGCUUCCAGUUCACGGAGUCUAUCGUGGACUCACCAUGGCUAUGCAACACUUUGCGUAUAUGCAUCCCGAGUACGACUACUUUUGGCAGUGGGAAAUGGACAUUCGCUAUACGGGACACUACUAUGACUUGCUCUCAAAGAUCGAAAAUUGGGCCAAAGCCCAGCCUAGAAAGGGCCUUUGGGAACGAAACUCGCGAUACUACUUCCCCAGUGUUCAUGGCACCUGGGAAGACUUUUCACACAUGGCUCGAGUGCAAAGCGAGAUGGGAGCUGUAGGAUCCGACAACGUAUGGAAGAAUAUGCCGGGCGUUGAUGGCCAACCCCCAGAAGCCGCCACGCAAAAGAAGAUUAAGACUGUUUGGGGCCCAAUCCGCCCUGCCGAUGAAAAGGACUGGUUCGAGGGUGAAAAGGACCCCAGGCCGCCAACUACGUACGACGCCGAUCACAACCAAUGGGGCGUGGAUGAAGAGGCGGAUUUGAUUACUCUGAAUCCCAUCUUUGAUCCGGAAGGUACUACUUGGGGUCUGAAGGAUGAUAUUACGGGUUACAACCGCUCACUUCCUUUACCUCCUCGACGAGCCAGCAUCAUCACCACAUCUCGAAUGUCAAGACGCCUCCUCGUGACCAUGCACAAAAUGACUGCGCACAAGAAGCAGUUUGCAUUUCCCGAGAUGUGGCCCUCCACAGUUGCCCUCCAGCAUGGAUACAAAGCGGUCUAUGCUCCCCACCCUAUGUAUGUGGACCGUGAAUGGCCAGUUGAUUAUAUGGCCCAGACAUAUAAUGGUGGUCGCGAUGGAGCCACAGGCGGUUCCCGGACAAGUCUCUAUGGCGAGCGCGAGCACAACUUGAAGGGCCUAACUUGGUUUUACAACUCUGGUUUUGGACCCAACCUGUACAGGCGCUGGCUGGGCUUGAAGGUCAAUAACGAUGGCGGAGAAGAAUAUGAGAAGACGGCAGACCAGAGUGGAACUGGUUCUGAAGCAGGCAGAGGAGAGGGCCGCAUGUGCCUUCCGCCUAUGCUCCUCCACCCCGUCAAGGGGGUAGAAAUUCCCGUCGAGGCACCGCCGCCAGAAGAGCUGCCUCUAGAGGUUGAAAUGCCCGAGUCCGAUCCUACUGCAUAAGUAUUCUGAGCGAGCCGACCUUUUUAAUUUUGGAUCAUUUGUCUAAGCGAGGCACGGCUGGCUAUGCGGGCUUAUUUCCUUUUUCCCCUCUUUUUUUAU